UUGUCUUCCAGGAGGUUGGUAAAUUGACCAACUUCACCAAAACCAAAACCAAAACCUUGAGCGCGGAGAUCGGCGGUUAGUUCCGGGGUUAAAUGCUCCCCCUUGCGAUUGGAUUUCGGGUACCGAUUUUUUUUCCUCUUUGUUUCUUCUACGAGUAUCAAAGUUACGAUCUUUGUCGACUCUCCUCCCGGCUCCUUUGAUUCCUUUUCAAUUUCAGCAGAAACUGAAGGAUUCUAGGUAUAGCCAUUAUGUCACUGUUGUCAAAUCUACAAUGUAUAACCAUAGAUGUCACUGGCACUCUAAUAGCUUACAAAGGAGAACUUGGAGACUACUACUGCAUGGCAGCUAAAUCAGUAGGAUUGCCCAGUCCUGACUACAAACGCAUGCACCAAAGCUUCAAGGCUGCAUAUUCAGCAACAGCAAAACAGUAUCCAUGUUUUGGACAUGCAACCAAAAUGGAAAAUAUAGACUGGUGGAGAUUAUGUGUACACGACUCAUUUAUCAGGGCAGGCUACGAAUAUGACAAUGAGACACUAGAGAAGGUGUUUUGGCGCAUAUACUCGUCCUUCGGGUCUUCUGCACCCUAUUCUAUAUUUCCUGAUUCUCAACCCUUCCUUAGAUGGGCGCGAAAAAAGGGCCUCAAAGUUGGAAUUGUCAGCAAUGAAUCGUAUCGAUAUCAAGAUGUUAUUCUUCCUGCCAUGGGGCUCAAUCAGGGAUCAGAAUGGGACUUCAGUGUAUUCUCAGGCAUAGUGGGUGUGGAGAAACCUGACCCAAGGAUUUAUGAGAUUGCACUGGAGAAGGCAGGAAAUAUCGCUCCAGAAAAAGCACUGCAUAUCGGGGAUAGCAUUCGCAAGGAUUACAUCCCCUCCCAGAGCACAGGCAUGCAUGCUAUGCUGUUGGAUAGGUUUAAGACGCCUGAUGCUGAAAGCUGGAGGCAGACUGGAGCUCUUGUGCUUCCCGAUCUAGUUGCGGCUCACAAAUGGCUCAUCAAGGAAGAAACUGAUGCAGCAACAGGAGAAGCUCAAAGCUUGCAAACGGACAUCUCCUGAACACAAAGUGAAAACUAAGAGCAAAAAGAAAUUCCCUUCGUUAAUAUAUCCAUUGUGUGUGUGUGUUUUUUUUUUGUUACUUCUUACUGCCAGUUGACAAAAUUCAUCACGCUCUAUUAUGAUGUUAUUUACGGUGAUGCGUUUUUAACAUUGAUAGGGAAACACAAGUUAUAGAGCAAGUGGAUCUUGUGUGCUAUUGUCACAUAAUAUCUGAUACAGAGAAUAAAUAAAACACUCGGAAUAUUUUAUUAUCAA